UGAACUUUGAAUGCUUGACAUUCGUUUUUAUUUUAUUUCUAUACACAUUUUUUGUAUAAAUCCAAUGUAAUUGAGAAAAUCGUGUGCUGCUUAGCGAUAUAAAUCAACCGCAAACUAAUACAACAAUAUUCUCUAGUGCAAUUUUUAGUGCGGUUGCGUUUUUCGAUCUAUUUGCGUGAAAAAAACAUUUUGUUGUAUGUAAAAUGAACAGGCGCUACAAUCAGCCAAUGUAUCAGCAAUUGCCUGCAAUGGCCGUCGAAGCGCAUUGUCAGCAAUCCAUGUACCAACAACACACCUAUAUGGAUCGAUCCCGCAUGGCGGUCACCGACACCAUCUAUGUGCAGGAGCACGUCUCCCAAAGCUCGUGGGCCAUGAGCGCCCCCUCCCCGCGGAUGCGUACCCCAGUAUACGCCCAGGCCGGGCGCGCUCCUCCGUACAUGGGCAACGGUGGCAUGGCACCCCAAGCGGCACCUUCUCUAUCGCAUCCUUGUCCGCCGCCUCCAACGCAGGCGUCGCAGCAGCAAAGUCAUGCGUAUGCGCCGGGACAACAGUCGGGACGCUUUGGCUACGUGCCCAAUAUUCAGUAUUAUGCCAGUAGCUCAGCCUCGAUGAACACCAAUGGACAAUUGUAUGUGCUUUGUUGUGCGCCGAACCCAAAUCGCCCCCAGCAUCAGCAACAGAUGACAAAGGACAAUUCAACCCAGACGCAGGGAAUUGUGAAGCGUAGUCGUGAUGCCAGCACACAAACCGACCUCAUUGGCGAUGCGCCACCAAUGCCACAACCACAGCAGGAGAUGGGCGACAACAAGGCGUGUAACAACAACACCUCAUUGUUUGAUUUCAUUGGCGAUGGUCAGCAGUAUGGCACUCUGCAGGGCAAUCUACGCAACUCGGAGGUGUUGUUGCCCAAGCAACGUCUCAAGGAAAUCACGCACAUUUCGCUCUACGGCAGCUCGAUUGCUGAGCAAGUGGCAAGUGCACAUCGUCAGCGGCCAUGCUUCAAGAAGAUGGACACACUCUGUGCCCGCCUUAAGCAGGAUCUUUUGCGUCCUGAUGGAGUGUUGCCCAACAUCAAUUCACAGGGCAUUGCCUGGGCUGUGAAAGAUUUCAUAUUCGUCUUUACACGCAUUGUCAAUUCGUGGAUAUUAUUGAAGGGAUAUGUGUACAAUACACCCGAGGGUCUCAACAAGAUCAAGGACGAACUGCCCGAUGGUUUUAUGGGUGCAUUUGAUUGCUGGCAGAUCACAACACUGACCAUGGUCGAGAUGAUCAUCAAAUCGUUUGUGAAUCUCGACGCCAUGCUGCAGAAUCAGAAGAACAGUUUCACCAAAAUGGAUAUGCAUAAUAGGAAUUGCAACAACAAUGACAGCAGCAGCGAUUCCAAUUCGAGCAAUAAAACGCUUAACGGCAUCGACAUUUCCACCCUCGAGAAUGGGCCCAAUGCUUUCAGCACACCACGGAAAAGCACCGAUCCAGAAGAGUUGAAUCCACUUCUCGAAAAUAAUGAUAACUUGGAUGAUAACAAUAUGAACUAUUUGUACACUAUGGUUCAGGAUUCGGAGGAGGCACAGCGCUGUGUCAAUGCCAAUGGCACAUAUCUUAAGACUGGCACAUACACGCCGCUGCUAAAGGAGGCAAAUCCAGUGGAGCAGCCACAGUUAUCGCAAUCGCCGCCAAAGAGCAAGCCCAUGGACUGGAAGCCAACUGUCAACUGGCAACAGACAGUUGAGUCCGCAAAGGCUCCGAUCAAAACUCAACUGCCAAAGCUAAAGGCUCAAUGUCGUCACAAAGAUGUUAAGCCCUAUUCAACACCAUUGAGUGUAUUGCGCCGCGAGAUGACUCGCAAAUUGGUUGAGCUGAGCAAUCGUAUUAUGCUGCUACAGCACAUUGAUCGUUUCUUUCAAAAGCAGUUUACUCUCAAUUAUUAUCCAUAUUUCUAUGAGCGUUGCCAUAGUGAGUUCAUCGAUGUGCGUGCAAUCAUCUUGAAGUGUGAGAGCGCAUCCUAUCAGCAUAUUUCCCAACCCGUUCACGACUUGCGUCGCAUCAUAUUCUUGGUGCGCCGCGAUCUAAAGGAUCACACGAACAUGGAUUUGCGUUUGUACACCGCUCUCUACGAGCGCGCCAUCAACGAGAUGCUCUCCAAGUCGCCUUAUCAACUGCAACAGUUCGAGCACAUCACUGGCAAUCCCAUUGAGAAGUUUUUCUCCUCAGACAUUUAAAGUUUCUAGUACAGCAAAAGCACUCAUUUUUUAGUUAAUACUUAUCUCAACACAACAUUCACAUAACCACAAACGAAUUAAUCAGAUCCAAUUUGUUUAUGGGGCAAGCUAAAAUUAUUUAAUCACUUAGCUGACAAAUACGAAAAGUAAUAGUUAUAAUUUGUUUAUUGGGCCAGCUAAGAUUAUAUAAUCACUUAGCUUGCUGUUUUUUAAUUGUACAGUAUUUCAUUUAAUUGUUAAAUAACUUUCAGUAUAUAAUAUCAGUUCAUAGUUAAAACUUUAUGCUUUAUAAGAAAAACACACCGCAUGCUUAAAGUCAAUAACACAAUGUUAAGAAAGCAUUAGUUGAUCAGCAAUCAUGUCGAUCUAUAGACAAUUAAAAUUUGAAUGGAAAUUGUUCGAGUCACACACAAGUUUCGAAAUAUCAAAAUCAAAAAUGAAUAGACAUACAUAUACUUAACUAAUUUUGAGGAAAACCCUUGAAAAAAUAUAUUUUCAAAAUCGUUAAAGAUCACACAAUACCAAAUUAAAAAAUUGGAUGCAUUAACCAAAAUUAAUUGUACGUGCCACAGAAAAGUGGUUGAAAAUAAGAAUAACAAUAUUGGAAUCCAGCUUAAGGCAAACACUUGCAAAAAUAACUCAUAAUCAAAAAUGUAUAAGCAACAACACAAAACACAUUAAAAUUCAACAUUUGUUAAAGUUUAAAUCCACGCUCACACAAAAAUUACCAACCAAAUUUUUGAUAACAUACAUUACUAAACAAAAUGAAAAGUGAUUUAAGUACUUCCAUGUAAUUUGAAAAUUCCAAUUUUAUUUUUGUGGGCAUUAUAAAGAGUUUAUUAAAAAAUAGAUGCAAUUGUAAUUUCGAAUUCAGUUUCUUGUAAUCUCUGUGAUUACAAAUAAAUACGAAUACAAAUACACAAAUAUAAAUGUAAUAUUUUUGGUAAAACUAUCAACUAAAAAUACACAUUUAAAAAUUAGAAAUUAUGUAAACAAUAAAUACACAUAAAUAGUAAGCAUGUAUGAAAAAUUUGAAUAUGCACAGCAACAAUUGCUAAUCGACUUUGGCAAAAUCCUCCAGACUGAUAUCCUGUGCCUGCAACAUGCUAAAGAAUAUGCUCGACGAAUUGCUGGCCAAUUCCUGCGGUUUGCCUUGCUCACAAAUUCGUCCAUCAUCGAGCACAAUGAUGCGAUCCAUAGCUUGGAGACCACGCAAUCGAUGUGCAAUAAAGAUGAGCGUACAACUCUUGAAGGCAUUUCGCAGUGCCUGCUGCAUGCUGAGAUCGGACUCAUCAUCCAGCGAGGAGGUGCCCUCAUCAAUGCAUACGACUUUGGCGUUCUUGAGCAAUGCUCUCGCUAGGCACAACAAUUGCCGCUGUCCGGCGGACAAGUUAUUGCCACCACUAUCGAUAUGUCCGUCUAGUCCUCCCAGCUGUUGCACCAGCAAUGUGGCUGCUGCGGAAUUCUUGAUGGCAUGCCAGAUCUCCGAGUCAUAGAAGCUAUGUCGAGGAUCUAGAUUUUCACGCACAGUGCCUGCAAAACAAAAAAAUUAAAAUUCGAACUAGAACAAGAGACUGCAAUGUAAGCGCACCUGCAAAGAGGAAAGGCUCCUGCGUGAUGACGCCAAUGCGUUCGCGUAGCACACUCAACGCCAACGUAUUUAGAUUCAUUUGAUCGAGAUAGAUGUCGCCCUGCGAGAUUGGCGCCACACGCAGCAAGGCGGCCAGCAAUGAACUCUUGCCGGCUCCCGUGCGUCCCACGAUGCCAAUGCGUUCGAAGGCCUCCGUCUCGAAGCUGAUGCCACGCAGCGCUGGCGCUAAGUGUUCGCGAUAACUGAGCUGCACCUGCUUGAAGCUGAGCACACCUUGGGUGGGCCAACCAAAAGGCGGAUCGGCGCUGCCAUCAGCAUUCUGUUCCGGCUCCAGUUGCAGAUACUGAUCCAGACGCUCUACGGCGACCAGCUCCUGCUCCGUUUCGGCCACAGCAUGCAGCAAGUCACCCAGCUGUCCAGUUAUGGACAACGCAUACGAGAUGCACAGUCCAACGAAGCCAGGAUUUGUGGCAUGCGCCAAAGUUAUAGCCGCCAACAUGGCAGCGCCGCCCACGAACAAAGCGCCCAACAACUGCAGUCGCAAUGCGAGCCACUGUUGUGCGGCGGCCGAUGACAACUGCGCCUUGGUGCUCUCCUCCAGCUUGCCCUGGAAGUCACGCUGGAACCGAGCGCUGGCACGCAUGCUGCGUAUGGUGGACAAACCUUGAAGCGUUUCGGUAAAUUGCGUAUAAAGCGGCGACAUUGCGUUGCUGGACAGUCGCUUAAUGUCGCGCGAGGCGUGGCGAUAGCGUUGCUGCAAAUUCAAAUAGAUGGGCACCAGCGGUAUAACGAUCAGGAUCAGCCAGGGAAUGGCAUAGAGACUAACGCACAAGGAGCCCAACAAGGCGGCGAAUUGGGCGAGCAGAAUGUUCAUUAUGAAGGGCAGCGAAUCGUCCACAGUAUUUGUGUCCGAGCUGAAGCGAUUGAGUAUGCGACCCACCGAGGUGACAUCGAAGAAAUUGAACUUGGCCUGCAAAAUACAAGAAAAAACAUUCAUAAAUUGUGGUAAUGAACUUCUCAGAGGAUACUCACAAACAUGACGCGCUUCAGCAUCUGCUCGUGCAGAAAGAUAGCUGCUUUAAUGCCCGCGUAGGCAAAUAAAAAGGCACGCCCUAAGGUGACCAGCGAAUUGGUCAAUGCAAUGGCCGCAUAGAUGCCCAAAUAGUAACUCGUGGAGUGUGCGGUUUCAUUGGAUGCCUCCUGCCCCGGUCGCAUAAGCACAUGCUGUAGCGUUGUGUCAUUUGGAUGUCCAUCGAGUGUAGCCUCCGUGACCCAAUUCGCCAGCCAAGUGUCGCUCAAAUUGCGCGUCAAUUGCAUGAGCAGCACAAAGAGUAACACGGCCGAAGCGAGUGGAGUGCUGAGAGCACGCCAAUAGCAACUGAAUACAUUGCCCGAUAAAUGGCCAUAUUCACGUGAUUCCUCCAUGAGCAAACUAUCCACACUCUUGUUGUCCGUAUCAGCGGCAUUUGGCAACUCCAAGGUGCCUUGCAUCAACUCCUGCGAAUCGUCAUCGAUAUCCUGGCUGACAUCAAUGCUCUCGGUCAUGUAAUCGCUGGGUGUCAGGCGACCAUCCUUGAUGUUCAGAAUCUGAUUGGCGUGGAAGAACAACUGUGUGCUGCGCGUGACCACAAUGCGUGUCUUGUGCUUCAGCAGACCCAGCAGGCAAUGACGUAUGAUGUGAUUAGACACAUGUGCAUCCAACGCAGACAACACAUCAUCCAGCAAAUAAACUGAAUGAAUGAAUCAUGUAAGAAAUCGAUAUAAUUCUGUAAUCUAAACUACUCACCCUUCUUGUCCUGGUAGACAGCGCGAGCCAGCGCAACACGUGCUCGCUGACCACCGGAUAGAGUUCUGCCAUUCUCGCCGACGCCCAUCAGAUCACCGCCCAAGGUGCGAAUGUCAUCGUUGA